GCAUGCAUAUACGCUGGGAUGGGUGGUCCGCUGCUAAACCACCAUCUUUCCUCCGCUCGGGGAAGCGCGCCGCUGCUCCCAGCCCCCGUGGCAGACUGAGGCAAGGCUGGACUAGAGAAGACAAGAGACUGAAUUAUGUUUCUGAGGGAUCUCUGGGUUUCUGCUCAUUGGGCAUGGCAGGGCAUGAGGAAUAUCUUGCUUUUACUUGUGCUGUCAAUGUUGCAAACAACUGAUUUGGAAGCUAGGAAAGAUCAUCAAUUUGUCUGGAAAACAGGUCAUUGGGGGCGAUGUAUAGGUGACUGCGGGUCAGGUGGUAUUCGGAGCCGAGCAGUGUGGUGUGUCCAUGUAGAAGGUUGGACAGCUCACCAUUCAAACUGUGGACUGAGGGACAAACCUGAAAACCAAAGGAGCUGCUUUCAAGUAUGUGACUGGCACCUUGAACUCUUUGAGUGGGAAGUUUCAGAAUGGCAGAUAUGUGUGCUUGUUCCUUUCGCUCAUGGUGAAGUCAAACCAAGGACUACAGACUGUGUGACUGCACAGCACGGGCUACAACACAGAAGCGUACAUUGUAUUCAGAAACUGAAUAGAACUAUAGUUGCCAGUGAAAUAUGUGAAUAUUUUAUACCACAGCCACCUGUAGAACAAGCUUGUCUAAUACCUUGUCCACGGGAUUGUGUUGUGUCAGAAUUCUCCAAAUGGUCUGAGUGCAGCAAAGACUGUGUGAGGAGUUUACAACACAGAACUCGUUUUGUUAUCUCUCCUCCACUCUAUGGUGGUUCCAAUUGUCCAAACCUUACUGAGUCAAGAAUCUGUGAUGUCCCUAUCUCUUGUUUUCUUGGGGAAGAGGAAUACAUUUACAGUCUUCAAGUUGGACCUUGGAGUAAAUGCAGGUUGCCUCACCUUAAAGAAGUUAGUCUUAUUGGAAGAACUAUGCUGGAUUUCAGUUCAGAUUCUGCAGAACGAAGCACAUUCAAACUGCACAGUUAUAAAUCCCACCACUAUUCCAAGCCAUGGGAUGUAGAGAUAGGUUAUCAGACAAGGCAGGUUAGGUGUACAAGGAGUGAUGGGAAAAAUGCCAUGCUGAGCCUUUGUAUGCAAGAAACCAUCCCACUGACCUUUCAGUCAUGUGUCAUGCCUAAAGAUUGCGAAACAUCGGUUUGGUCUAUGUGGAGCACCUGCUCGAAGACUUGUCACUCAGGGGAUCUCUCACCAGGAUUCCGAAGCAGACACAGGAGCAUAAAAUACAUCGCAGUAGGCACUGGAAAGGAGUGCCCUGAGCUAGAAGAGAAGGAGGCCUGCAACGUAGGAGGAAAAGAACUUCUGCAUCCGUGCCCCAGAUUUUCAUGGAGGACUUCCGAAUGGAAAGCAUGCCAAGUUACUCUCCUCCUUGAUGGACAGGACCCUCGCCGACAUAAGCACACAGCCCUUUGUGGAGGUGGAAUACAAGUCCGGGAAGUGUACUGUGUCCAAAGUGUGAUAGAAUCUGGGACACACAAAUUAAAGGAAGUCACUAGGCCAGCUGACAAGAAACUGUGUGUUGGCCCUGCUCCCUCUGCCUCCCAGCUGUGCAACGUUCCAUGUUCUUCUGACUGUCUGGUUUCCUCCUGGUCUGCAUGGGGACCCUGUGUUCAUGAGAACUGCCAGGAUCACCAGGGAAGAAAAGGAUUUAGAAUGAGACAAAGGCAUGUUGUUGUGGAACCCAUUGGUAUGUCUCAGGGUUGUCCACACUUAGUAGAAUCUAUUCCUUGUGAAGAUCCGAUGUGUUACCAGUGGGUCAUUUCCGAAGGAGUCUGUGUACCUGAUCAUGGAAAAUGUGGGCAUGGAAAUCGCAUAUUGAUAGCCAUAUGCAAGAACAAUAAAGGUGACGAAGUAUCACAUACCCUUUGCUCAGAGUUUCUCCAUCCUGAAACGAUGGUUUGUGAAGUACCAUGUGCAGUGGACUGUGUCGUUAAUGACUGGUCAGAAUGGUCAUCUUGUUCCCACUCAUGUUCCAGUAAAAAUGCAGAGGGGAAACAAAGCAGAACUAAAUCUAUCCUGGCACUGCCAGGGGAGGGUGGGAAACCCUGUCCUCCUCACCGGGCCCUACAGGAGUAUCGCUUAUGUAAUGAUCACAUUUGCACACAGUUCUAUUGGGAAACAUCUCCAUGGGGUCCUUGUUCUGAAGACACUUUGGUAACUGCCCUCAAUGCUACCAUUAGCUGGAAUGGAGAAGCUACUUGUGGAGUGGGCUUGCAAACACGGAAGGUUUUUUGUGUGAAGAAUAAUUUUGACCAGGUUACAAAUAAAAGGUGUCCAGAUUCCCUCCGACCUGAAACCAUGCGUCCAUGUCUGCUCCCAUGUAAAAAAGACUGUGUUGUUACCCCUUUCAGUGAGUGGACACACUGCCCUAUGACAUGCCAACAUGACAAUGCUACAGCAAUUAAACAGUUCCGAUAUAGGAUUAUCAUUCAGAACGCUGCCAAUGGGGGACAGGACUGCCCGGACACCUUGUAUGAAGAAAGAGAAUGUGAAGAUAUUCCUGUCUGUCCAGUUUACAGAUGGAAGACCCAUAAAUGGAGUCACUGCAUACUGGUGCCAGAUUCUGUGAGACAGGGCAUAUUGGGAAUCAAUGAAGCAUGUGGCCGUGGUUUGCAGUCGAGAGCUGUUGUGUGCCUCUCAGACAAUGACCUUGCUGCAGAUGUCACUGAAUGCAUGAAGUGGACAGAACCUAUGCCCGCCCUGGUACAGGAGUGUCUAAUUCCCUGCAAAGAUGAUUGCACAUUCACCCCUUGGUCUAAAUUUACAGCAUGCUCUUCAGAUUGUGAAUCAACAAAAAGUAGAAGAAGAUCACUCACAGGGAGAAGCAGAAAACGAGACAAAUGCCAGAAUACAGUAGUGUAUCCUCAAGUUGAAACAGAAGCAUGUCCCUGUGAAACAUUUAUCACCCAGCCCCAUGGAAAUUGGUCCGAUUGCAUUAUUGCAGAAGGAAAAACAGAGCUGCAAUUAGGAAUGAGAUUCCAGGGAGAGACCAAACAAUGUGGAGAAGGUGUGCGACUCCGAGCUAUUGCCUGUUAUGAUAAGACUGGCAAACUUGUGGAACCAUCCUACUGUAGCAGUUCUGGAUACAUUGAAGAAUCUUGUGUAAUUCCUUGUCCAUUUGAUUGCAAACUAAGUGACUGGUCUAGUUGGGCCUCUUGUAGUGCUUCUUGUGGAGCUGGAAUGAAAAUUCGAUCCAAGUGGCUUAAAGAAAAGCCUUACAAUGGAGGUCGUCCAUGCCCAACACUGGAUCUGAAGAAUCAGGCUCAGGUGUAUGAGGCAGUCCCAUGUUACACUGAGUGCAAUCAGUAUUCCUGGGUAGUAGAACCAUGGUCUCCAUGCAAAAUCAACAGUGAACAAAAUUCCCUCCACUGUGGAGAUGGAAUACAAACUAGAAAAAUCAGAUGUGUAAAUACUGCUGAGGAUGGUGAAGGCGAGACUGUGCCCAUUACGCAGUGUGAUCAGUCUGAAAUCCCUAAUGAAGCCCAAAAGUGUAAUCUUUACUGCCCUAAUGAGUGUGUAAUGUCUGACUGGGGACAAUGGAGCCAGUGUCCGCAGGUAUGUGACCCCAAUAUUAUGCAAACACGGACUCGACAUGUGUUAAGAUCGCCUUUAAAUACCAAGACUUGUCCUAAAGAUUCACAAAUGCAACCUUGUGUUCUCAAUCAAAAUUGCUUUCAGUAUCAGUACAAUCUAACAGAUUGGAGUACAUGUCAGCUAAGUGAAAAUGCAACCUGUGGACAAGGGAUUCAGAGACGCCUUUUGAGCUGUAUGCGCAGUGAUGGAAAAUCAGUGAAUAUGAACUACUGUGAGCAGUUAAACUUGGAAAAACCUGAAAAAUUGAGCAUUCAUUGCCAUGUGGAAUGUUCUGUGAACUGUCAGCUUUCCAAAUGGUCAGCCUGGUCAGAAUGUUCAAACACUUGCGGCAUUGGAGGCCAGAUGAUACGUACUCGGUCCAUAAUUAUGCAGUCACAAGGAGAAGGAAGGCUAUGCCCUACACAGCUCACCCAGUACAGAAACUGUCCUGUAAAACCCUGCUACACUUGGAUUCUCGGGGCAUGGUCACCAUGCAAAGUAGAGGGUGGACAAUGCGGUGAAGGAUUCCAAAUCCGUAACCUCACGUGUAUAGUUCAUGAUGCCUCUAUGUCUGUUCCAUCCAAGCAAGUAAAAAAUGCAUUUUGUGGAGAACUGCCAUCAAAAGACAAUGCACUACAAUUGCCAUGUUCUGUGCCUUGCCCAGGUGAUUGCCAUUUGACAGGAUGGUCAGAGUGGAGCUCAUGUGAGCUAACGUGUAUUGAUGGCAGGAGCUUUGAGACCACUGGUCGCCAGUCUCGGUCAAGAACCUUUAUCAUUCAGUCUUUUGAAAACCGAGACAGCUGUCCUGAGCAAGUCUUGGAGACACGACCUUGUUCAGGAGGGAAAUGUUAUAACUAUGCAUGGAAAACCAGCCUUUGGAGAGAUAAUGAACGUACUGUGUGGUGCCAGCGUUCAGAUGGGGUAAAUGUCACAGGAGGUUGUUCUGUUCACACCCAGCCUGCUGAAACCAGACACUGCAAUCCAGAGUGCAAAAAACCAUUCACCUACUGCACCCAGAGUGGAGUCUGCAGUUGUGAGAGAGGAUAUACAGAAAUAAUGAGAUCAAAUGGUUUCCUGGAUUACUGCAUGAAGGUACCAGGCUUGGAAGAUAAGAAAGCUGAUGUUAAAACCAGUGCUGGAAAGAAUAAACCUGUCAACUCAAAAAUGCAUGACAUUUUCAAAGGAUGGUCUAUUCAGCCUUUUAAUCCAGAUGGUAGACUUAAGAUUUGGGUGUACGGAGUAUCAGCUGGUGGUUUUCUCAUCAUACUUUUCCUGAUUUUUACAUCCUAUCUUGUUUGCAAAAAACCAAAACAGCAUCAAAGUACUCCUCCACAACAGAAGCCUCUGACCUUCGCUUAUGAUGGAGACAUGGACAUGUAACAUAAAAGAAAUCCAAAUGUAUACUUCAACUGCCUUAACUGCUUACUCUUUUAUAACUUUCAGAUUCCUCAGUUUUUUGAGGAAUCCCUUGACAUGUAAUAUACCAGGCGGAAUAUAAAUAUUGCAAAUGUGGAAUUUUGCCUCUGGUUUAUUUAAAAAAUGGAGUCAAAGACCUUUAGAUCUUGUGAAAAUUUUUCCAAAUUUUUCUUGUGAAAAUGCAUCUCUUCCUGUUUGACAAUAGGAAUAAAAAAAAAUACGUUUUUUUAAAUAACAUUUACUUUAAAAAAAAGCAUGACAAUCCUAUGGAAAAUGUGACAUUCAAUGUAAAUGACAAAUUUGACACUUCAUCAUUAUGCACUAUAUUAGUGCAGAGUUCCUUAUUCUGCACAUACUUCAACAAUGAGUUUUCUAGUGUUUAUGUUUAGUUCAAAAGACUUUGAAGCUAGAUUGUGUAUUUUGAGAAUGCAAAAAAAAAAGAAUGUGUUGAAAUAACUGGAAUUCUCCGGGUUUUUAAAGUUACUGCUUUCUUAUGCUGUUUUCUAGCCUGGAAUAUGAUUUUGCAGCAUUUCCAUCAAUAGGACAGAAUAAGGAUUGUUUAAAUUUACAGCACAAGAAGUGAUAUAGGUGGUUUCUUACUGAAUAUGUUUUUUAAAGAGAUGAGUAAAUAGAUGUUUUGAUGAAUGGGUAGAGAAUUUGAUUGUUUACAAAUGUAUUUUAAAUUAGAUCAAACCAUGUAGAUACAUUCUGGCCAUUUUAAAUUAUAAUUCAGUUUAAUUACUACAAACUCUGCUUUUGUAAUUUAAAUUUUCUUAUCUGAAAUAUUUAUACAUUCUUUUUUGAAUUUAAUUAUCUGACCUCAUUUAAUAUACAUCUGACACAACUACUGUUUGUAGAAGAUCUUGCUUUUUAAAUGUUUGAAAAAUACUGAAAAGUUACCAUUGUAAACAUCUUGGGAACAUUCGAAGAAAAUAAGUGUUUGUAAUAGCAUGUGUUGCAAGUAAGAAAGUGCCAUCUUGUGGUAUUGAUGUGUAUUUACACGCAAAUAAAAUGUUCGAGAGUGAGAAUUUUGCUUCCAGUAUAUUGACUUAAAUGUGUGUUAAACGCUUUCAUUUUGACCCUUUAGUAUGCCUCAAAUCACACUCUGUACUGGAUGAAAACCCUGGAUAGUCCAGAGUUUUCACCUGAGUGGGU